AUGCCCUCGCUCCUCCGAACCCACGGCCGCUUCCCCUACUCGGCCAUCAACGCGCGUCCGCGCUACGCGUGGCCUGGUGGCAAGCGCCUCGCCGUUUACCUCGGGCUGAACCUCGAGCACUUUGCGUUUGGCGAGGGUCACGGUGGCGAGCUCGCGCCGUCGGGCAGGCCGGACGUGCUCAACUACUCGUGGCGCGAGUACGGCAACCGCGUUGGCGCGUGGCGGCUGCUCGACGAGUUCGAAGAGCUCCGUCUUCCUGUCUCGGUGCUGGCAAACUCGGAGAUCGCUGGCCACUGCCCGGAGCUGCUCGCUGCACACAUCGCACGUGGAGACGAGGUCGUCGGCCACGGCCGCACAAACGCGGAGCGGCAGGGCGACCUGGUCGAGAGGGACGAGGCGGCGCUCAUCGCCGAGACGACGUCGACUCUCGCAGACGCGGCAGGCGCAACCCGCUCCUGGCAACUUGCCGAGACGACGGGAGAUUGCAUGAUCGUGGACAACUUCGACGAGAUGCGCGAGCAGAGCGAGCGGCACGAGCAGCCGCUUGUGAUGGGGAUCGCGCUGCACGCGUACAUCGUCGGGCAGCCUUUCCGGCUCAGGAAGCUGCGCCGCGCACUCGAGCACAUCGCUGCGCACCGCGAUGACGUCUGGCUGACGACGAGUGGGGAGAUCGCGGCGCACGCGCGGACAGAGCUGGACAGGUUCGUUCACGGUGGUGUUUACGUUUCCGAGUAGUGGGCUUGGUGCAGCUCUAUAGAUUCGCGCCGCGGCCCGCUCCGCGCUCGGGCGGCGAACGAAGCGCAUAUCACAAACAUGAAAGC